CCAAAUUUGAUCCGUUUCUAGAAGAACAUGUAAGAAGAUACGGUAAUCCAGGCCGCGGAAAAGUAUCAUAUUUAUCCUCCACAACGUAUGAAGAACUAAUAAUUUUACUGGGGUCAAAAGUAUUGGAAAAAAUAGUUACAGAAAUCAAAGAAGCCAAGUAUUAUGGAAUCACUGUGGAUUCUACACCUGACGUUAGCCAUACGGAUCAACUCUCCAUAGUUAUUAGAUAUGUCUCAAAAACUGGAGAUAUAUAUGAAAGAUUUUUGAUGUUUGUUAAAAUAGAAAAACAUGAUGCCAAGUAUCUUUUUGACACUCUAAUUUCAGUUUUAGAAAAUCAGGGAAUAGACCCAAAAUUUUGCAGAUGUCAGUCUUAUGACAAUGCGGCUAAUAUGAGCGGAGUGUAUUCGGGAGUACAAACUAGAUUUAGGGAAAUCAACAGCGCAGCCACUUGGGUACCAUGUGGAGCUCAUAGUCUUAAUCUAGUUGGCACAGCGGCGGCAGAAAGCUGCUUAGAAGCUGUAAAAUUUUUUGAAAUUUUGCAAUCGCUCUACAAUUUCUUUGCAGCGUCCCCUCAAAGAUGGUCUAAACUAAGGUCUUUGGGAAGUAAAAUUUCUGUAAAAAGACUUUCAGAGACCAGAUGGUCAGCACGUUAUGAGGCUGUAAAAACAUUAUGUGCCCAUUAUGAUGAUAUACGUGGUAUUCUUACAAAUAUUUCAACUAGUGAAGGUAUGAAACCUACAACAGUGAUUGAGGCACAAACCUUAAUCCAUCAAAUGAAUACUUUGGAGAUGGUAUUACUCACAGUUAUUUGGGAAGAUCUACUAAAACACGUCGAUAUUGUAAAUAAAUCUCUUCAAGAACCUGGCAUCGAGUUUAACACGAUGGUGCGACUUUACGACAGUUUAAUUCAAUAUUUAUCUCACUGCAGAACUGAGGACAUGUAUAAUAGCUAUUAUCUUAAGGCAAAAGCCCUUGCACCAGAUUCAGAAUUUAAAGAAUCCGAAACUAGAGUUCGUAAAGAGAAAACGACAGUUCGAUGA